CCGUCCGAGGGGUGACCCCGCGUCGUCGCAGCGUCCCUUAGGGUGUCAACGGGUUUGCGAUAGUCUGGGCGUCGCGCUACGCGGCGUCGUGGCGCCGCGUUCACUCGUACGAUUGCGAGUGGAAUGCGCGCGGACGCGUCAUCACCGGUCCUGCGAGGGUUGAAACAUUCCCUCGGACUCACUUCCGGUAAACGCAGACCGGAAGAUGCAAGCUCGCGCUAUUCGAAUAUCCGGCGUUGACGUUGAUCAAAGUGUGACACAGUGUCGACAGAUAUCGAUAAAACACGGAGAAGUUGACCGAUUUCAUGAAGUUAAAGAAUGUCCGUGGAAAAAAUCGUAGAGGCUAUUCGAAGGGAAAAUACCUAAAAAUUACUGUGCGUAAAAUGUAUAACAUUUGAUUAAUUGAGCUGUUUGUAGACGUCAAAACUGAUUCAAAAAAGUAAACGAUAUCAACGAAAAAUUUAAAUACUAGAUGUUUCUACCGAUAGAGACCGUUUUGUGUGAUUAACGGAACGCAACAUAGUAAUAUAUCAGUGAUAUCGGAUCGCUGUAAAAUUGUUUGCCCUGCCCAUGAAUGAGGGACAGAUUAACUGGCGGCGGAAGAUGAAAUGUUAGGAUAAAGAAGAUUCAUCGCGUCGUAAACUUGUGCAGUGUGCAGUUCGAAGAUUAAUCAAAAGUUCGCGUGUUAAUUAAGUUAAUUUAACUUGACUUUCGGCUACCGUCUCAGUCAUUCGCAAAACGGAGUGAUUUUGCGUUUGUGUGUUUGUGCGUUUUAUAGUGAUUAUUGAAAAAAUGUGUCGAAUUUGUGCGUGAGGUCCUUUCGCUUUUGAUUGCAUCGAUUCCAAGGAGUCCUUCUUGUUUCUGAACGAACACUGCGAGCAACGUCCGUAACUUUUAUGGAACUUAACAUUCAAAAUUUGAUUAAUUACUAGAAAAGAAAGUUUUCGCGGUUGCACAAAGUAUAUAGUAAAUAACAAGACGAAGGAAUAUAAAAUGUUCGAGAAUUUUGAUUUAAGAAAUGCGCAUUUGAGAGACACGAUAAGAGUUGUAACAAUAAAGACUAAUUUUUUUUAAUAAUUAAUUUAAGAAAGUAAAUUUCAAUUAAUUAUUCUUGUUAAUAUUGAAUUUAUCAAAAAAUAUGUUAAAAGACGUUCUGGAUUAAGCCCACAUUGACAUCGUUCAAUAAUUCGAGAGUCUCAGGAAAGUGAAAGGACUAAUCAAAGUCAUGCCUCACAUAAAUGAGAAGCCCAUCGGGAUGGGGAAGACUCGACGGUGUCGUAAUUAAUCGUGCAAGCGCUAAAUGAGAGACGAUCGUUGCGGGACGCGGAGGUGAUCCAUAGAUAGUGUCGGGCGCGAUCAGUCGCGGUAGCGCGGGCGAGGCGAGGGGAGGGUGGCAAGAUGGAACUCUUCCUGAUCCUCGUUUGCCUGGUCGCGCCGCCCGCUCUCUCACUCUCCAUCAAGAGCAAACUCAACCCACGGAUCGUCCAGACGCGCUACGGCGAGGUGCAGGGCGUCACGAGGUCUUUCGAGUAUGCCAAGUUCCUCAAGCCGAUCGACGUGUACCUCGGUAUACCCUACGCCAGACCGCCGGUCGGCAGCAACCGCUUUUCCCCAACGAGAGCACCGAAUCCUUGGGAAGGAGUCAGAUUAUCGGACUCGGUGGGUCCAGUCUGCCCCCAAAAGCUGCCGGACAUCGCAAACGAGCAGGAAGCGCUCGAGCGAAUGCCUAAGGGAAGACUAGAGUAUCUGAAGAGACUGCUGCCUCAUCUGCGUAACCAGAGCGAGGACUGCCUCUAUCUGAACAUCUACGCACCUGCCAUGGGCACGGCGGAGAGCGGCAGGAAGCAUCCGGUGUUGCUGUACAUUCACGGCGAGAGCUACGACUGGGGCAGCGGAAACCCAUACGAUGGUAGCGUCCUAGCGAGCUACACCGACCAAGUGAUCGUCACCAUGAACUACCGGUUGGGCGUGCUCGGCUUCCUGAACGCCAACGUGGCGCCGCAGACUAAGGCGAGGGUCGCGAAUUAUGGCCUCAUGGACCAAAUCGCUGCCCUGCACUGGGUUAAGGAGCACAUCGCGCGUUUCGGGGGCGAUCCCGAAAAUGUCACCCUCAUGGGCCAGGGCACCGGAGCCGCAUGCGUGCAUUUUCUCGCCAUUAGCCCCACCGUCAUUCGGGGAUUAUUCAAGCGGGCUAUACUACUGUCGGGUAGCGCUCUUUCAUCCUGGGCCGUGGUGGAAGAUCCUGUAUCCUACGCUCUGAAAUUAGCUAAGGCUGUCAACUGUUCCAUUCCCGACGAUCUUCUCAAAGAUAAUGAGCUUAUAGUCGAUUGUUUGAGGGAGAGCAGUCUGGAAGAACUGAUGCAAGUCAACAUUCAGCCCCCGACGUUUCUUAGUGCGUUCGGUCCAAGUGUCGAUGGUGUCGUCAUCAAGCCAGAUUUUCAAAAGGAUCUUCUGUCCUACCUCGGUCCUGAGUUUCAAGGAUUCGGCCCUCUCUCCAAAAAAGCUGAACACGGUGCACCAAUCACGAGCAACAAUAAAUAUGAUUUACUGUUCGGCGUGACAACGAGUGAAGCUUUAUGGAAGUUUGCGGAAAAGGAUGUCCUGCAAGGUUUCGAGGGAGAAAGGAGAGACAGAAUCAUUCGCACAUAUGUGAGAAAUGCUUACGUCUAUCACCUCACUGAAAUAUUUUAUACGGUGGUGAAUGAAUACACUGACUGGGAGCGAACAGUUCAACAUCCUGUCAACACGAAGGAUGCGUGCGUGCAGGCGUUGAGCGACGCGCAGUUCGUGGCGCCGCUCGUACAAACCGGAGAUCUCUUCACCUUGAGGCACACCAAAAAACCGAACAAUCCUCACAUUGCACCGAUCCUCGAUAGCGAGGAGGAGCCCAUGCCCAAGACUUACUUUUAUGUGUUCGACUAUCAGAUGAAAGACGGCGAUUAUCCUCAGAAGAUGGGCUCAGUGCACGGCGAAGAGCUUCCAUUCGUCUUCGGGGCACCAUUGUGGGUGGAGGGAUUUGGCCAUUUUCCGAAAAACUACACAAGACUAGAAAUGGCACUCUCGGAGAGUAUCAUGCAGUAUUUUGCGAACUUUGUGAAAACUGGAAAUCCGAACAUCAUCGAUCAUCAUGGGAGAAACGAGACACUUUUGCCAGCUAGUAGAGAAAAGAGUCGAUUUCGCAGUUUGUCCUGGGAACAAUACGAUCCAGUACAUCAGAAAUAUUUAGAAAUUGGCAUGAAACCGAAAAUGAAGAAUCAUUAUAGAGCGCAUCAGCUGUCGGUCUGGCUGCGCCUCGUCCCAGAGCUUCAUCGUGCCGGAAUGGAGGAUGUCGAUUCCAGACACAACUUGUUCCGCGGCCAUAGCGACCCCAGUCUAUACGACGGCUUCGUGAGACCAGAUCCUCUUAGCAGGAUCAGCGAAGAGUUCAAGAGGAAGAACCUUAGCACGGAUCCACCAACCACGACGGAUUAUAGCAUCACGACAUGCGUCAGCCUUAUUCCGGGCACCAAUCUUCAAAACGUCCAUAACGCCAGCACCGACACAUUAGCCAGCUUGGACGCUGCGGGUUACGCGGCGUAUUCAACAGCUUUAAGCGUGACAAUCGCGAUCGGCUGCAGCUUGCUGAUCUUAAAUGUCCUGAUAUUCGCCGGCGUUUAUUAUCAAAGAGAUAAAACGCGGCUUGAGGUGAAGAGCCUUCAGCAGCAACAAAUGUUAAAUCAACAAUGUGGUCCUCGUGGUUUCACCGAACUGAAACAACCACCACCUCCGCAUUCCCAUUACGCUGGUGGCGGCCAAGUGAUCGUCGAUGUCGAGAAUGAAAUGUUAAGAAGGAAUGUAAUGAAAGGUCCUCCUAACGAUUCUAGCGUUCCUUUUCAAGGCCAAGGAACUCAUACACUGCCUCAUCAACAUCAUUACCAAAAACAGCAUCAGCAGCAGCAUGCCACUCUUCCUCGAACCUCAGUCAUUCAAGACAUAAAUACGCAAACUCAAGGUCCUCCAAACGGAUCCAUCCAUUUGACGGUUCCACGAGCACCUCCGCCGCCCAGGGCGAAGAGUCCGCCAGAGAACCAGCCUCUUUUGCAAAGCGCAACGGUUUCUAGUCGCGUGUCGCAGGCCACGAUGAGCGAGAUGCGAGUGUGAUGCUUGGACCCCCCUCCGAAGCCAGUCGUCCCAGAUGUCCUCACGGCGUCGACCUUGCUCUAGGCAGUUCGCCGCGGACCUGUUGAAGUAGCUUUGAGUAGCUAUUAAUAUUUCGACAGGUCGACGCAGAAUGUCCCAGGGAACGUGAGCUCCGGACGAACGGAGGGGGGUUGCUGGAGAGAGAGAGAGAGAGAGAGAGAGAGAGAGAGAGAUUCCUCACAGCUGAGGGAUGGUCGAGUCGAAAUUGCCGGGUCUACCGAAUAUUUAAAAAAAGCCCUUCGAAAUGCGCUAUUACGAAUUUUUAGAAGGGCAGAAAUUGCACUGUACUGAGAAAAUACAAAUUAAAGGAACGUACAUUUCAAAUUUAUUUUGCAGUCUCACAAAGUUCUUAAUUUUUUCAAAUUUAAAGGUAUAUUAAACUUAAAAUGCAUUUCUAAAGACAAUGAACAUUUCAAAUUUCUAUAGAAACUUAUAAUUUUGUGUAACUAAAAUAAUUGAUUAAUAAGAACACAAUUUGCGAUUUGAAAAGUAUAUAAAAAGUAUGUUUUUGAACAAACUUCCUUACAAUCUUAAUAAUUAUUAAUUUAAUCUCAAUAAACGAAAAAAGCAGUACAAAUGAACAGCGCCUUGCUUGAAACAAUUCGAUAUUCGGUAGACGUUGGUAAAUAUUUAAUUAAAAUACAUAAGAAAGACAGAAAAGUGGCGAAUCAAGCGAUCAUCCUGGAUCAAUCGAAAUUUCAAUCAAAUUUUGCGCGAAGGAAUCAAAGCGACGCAUUCCGCUAAUUAGUUGAUAAUGGAGAAUCUCUAGUCGUUAAAGGAGAUGAGAAAAGUGGUGGACGGCUCAAUAUAAAUUGACGGCGAUGAAGAUGUAAAAAAGAAAUACUCUAGCCACUACAAUGUUAGAUGUUCCUUGUACAUAAUAUGAAUUUAUAUAUACCAUAAGGACGCCAAAGUUUGCUACUUUCUAAGAGAACUGUAUAUGCAUCAUGCGUAUCGUUUGUUACUUUGUUUUUCGGUUGGUGUGUUGAUAUCCACGCGUGACGUCAUGUUGUUGUAACGUAGAGGAAUGAACAUAGAAAAACUAUAUCGAGAGCAUAACGAGCGAGCUUGUUCAUUGAUUUUUGAAUAUUUAAAACCUUUAGUCUUUAUACCUUUUUAAAUCGUAAUUUUUAUAAAAUAUUUCGUAUGUUUGAUUGUAUAUAGAGAAUUUUCUUUUAUAAAUAACUUAUUUAUUUAUACAAAGUUCUAAAAUUCUACUUUUAACUACUACUUUUGGAAUUGGAACUAACUAACGUGAAAGGAAACCAUUGAUGCAAGUGAUAUCGCUCGUUAUCGUUGCUCCAGUUAAUACAACUGCCAUGCAGGUGGCUUCAUUGCGAACGAUAUGUAUUGCACAUAUGAAUUAUGAUACAUGAUACGCACAUAGCAUGAUCUUCGUAUCCUCUCCGUGUACGCGUAUCUACACACAUGUGUUUUAUAUGUAUAACGAAACCGGACAAUUUUAAAUCAUUGUCAUGGAUGUUUCUAUUAUAAUUUUCUUUAUUUCUGCCAAUACAUUAUCUCGAUCUUUAUAACUAAGUAUGAACUACUACAAAACAACGUAAGCAUUAUUCUUCAUACUUUCAUAUCUUUUAUACUUCCUUUGGAUUCUUACAAUUUUUACAGAGCGAUAAACCUUGUUAAAUAACGUGUUUUACAUUCAAACGUGUCAUACACGGGAUAAGUCGAUUUCCUUCGGAACUGUUACUCUUCUCGCAAAAUACCACGAAACGAUCCGAUGUAUUUUAUCAUGUGGUACAGAUUCUUCAAAGUUCAACUUCCAUCGGAUACAUGGUACGUGAUUAUCUUUUUUUUGUAUAAAUAUAUAUACAUAUAUAGGUGUAAAAUAAAGUAAAACUACUAUAUGCAUAAUACACUGCCACAAGACUACAGAAAUUAAUAUGAAAGGCUCACACUCACACACUUGAACUGCAAUUCAUUUCAUAUUUCAUAAAAUAAUAAAUUUACGAAAUAAAUUUAUAUAUUUAUUUAAAAAUAUUAAACAAAGUAUACGUGUAUCAAUGCAAAAUACAAUGAAAACUUUAAAAGUUAAUUUACGUUAAAUGAAAUAAAAUCUUGUUUUGGCUAUUUUAAGAACCUUUCUU